AUGUCGCUGGUGCAUUACACAACCCAAAAGGCAUUCAUCGGUAAGCGAAAGUGCCAUAAGGACAAGUCAAUGUUGUCUUCUCUUGAUCUUCUGGAGCUAUUAGAAUUUGGAAAAGAGGCUAAUGACAGCCAUGAUAAGGUGAUUGAACCUCGAAGUGAGAAGAACCAUAUGCAGGAAUAUCAACCAAGAGUCCUGUACCCGACAAGGCUUAAGAGAGAUAAGGAUGACACCCAAUUCAAAAAGUUCCUUGAAAUGAUCAAACAACUUCGCAUCAAUAUCCCACUCAUCGAAGCAUUCGCCCAAAUGCCCAAGUAUGAAAAAUUCAUGAAGGAGCUGCUUACAAAUAGAAAGAAACUAGAGGAAAGCUUGACAGUAUCUCUUGAAAAGGCUCUCGCUGACUCCGGGGCAAGUAUUAACAUCAUGCCCUACAAACUCUUUCCCAAAUUGGGGCUACACCACCUGGAGCCAAUAGGAAUCACCAUCCAAUUGGCCGAUCAUUCCGUUCGGUGCCCUCAGGGCAUCGUGAGCGAUGUUAUUGUGAAGGUUGGUGGGUUGGUGUUCCCAACUGACUUUGUCAUUCUUGAUGUGGAUGAGGAUACAGAAGUCUCUAUCAUCCUCGGUCGGCCAUUCCUUGCUACUUCCCAGGCUCUCCUGGAUAUCCAACAUGGAAGAUAA